AUGGAUCGAUGCGGAGUGGUUCAGGGGACGAUGGAGCUCAUCCAAUCGCUCAAGAAUCAAGUCCAGGAGCUGUCGGCGACGAGAUCCAUGCUGCUCGAGCACCGCAAGAGCGCCGCCAUGGAUCCUUCCAAGCCCAAGUGGAAUGCGAUGGCGAUGGCGGCAGCAGCGAGAUCGAGUGCUAGCGUGGGGCUGCACAUAUGCAAGUCGGAUGUGUUCGUCAACAUGAGCUGCAGGAUGCAGGCCAGGCUCUUGCUGAGUGUGCUGUGGAUUCUGCGCCAACACCAGCUGAUUGUUCAGGACGCGUCCGUCUCGGUCGAUGAUGCUUCGCGCGUCGCAUGCAUCUGCAUCCGUGCCAAGGCCUUGGACAUCGAUCACUUCGCCAAGGAGUCUUUGGAGUUAUCGCUAAAAAGUUUUGGAAAGCUGCUGCCAUGCAAUGCCAGCCAGCUUGGAAGACAGAGCUGGGCAUUGAAUCAACUGGUGCCAGGUGUCGAGGUUGAUGCUGCUGCUGCUUGCGUCCAAGGACAAAGGCGACGAGUGGCCAUGGCCAUGAUAUUUGCUGCUGUGCGUGUGAUGAAGUUGGUCAUACUUAUUGGCAUUGUCGGCAUUGUUGGCGUUUUCCGGAUUGGCAACCUCCAUUUCCUAGGUGGAGAUCUUGGCGUUAGCAAUGUCCCAUUGGUGCUAUUGCAUUGGAAGGUCUAG